AUGCCGAAUAGUAGUAGUGGAGAAUCACCACAUCUUUCUUCUCAGCUACAACCACUGUUUUACUUUGAUACUAGAGGGAUUAUUAAUGUCAGAGGCGGAACAGCAGGUCUGCCCAAUCAAUUCUAUCAGAAUCAAUUAUUUCCAUCGGCACGGAUAUCCUCGCGGGAUACAGCCUCAUCAUCCUCUUCCUCUUCUUCUUCCUCUUCAUCAUCGGGAGAGAUUCCAAACCACCAAUUGCAACAUCAACCACCACAGCAAACAUCAUCACUGCCUUCCGAAUCUACUGAUCCCGAGAUUUCUGGUUUUCAUCCUAUAUCAUGUGUGCAGUGCAGGCGUCUUCACAAACGGUGUGACAAAAAGUACCCUGCUUGCUCCAAAUGUAUUUCGCGAGGAAUCGUGUGUGAAUAUAAAACUCCAAAAAAGAAGGGAAGAGUUGCAAAGGAUGUACAAAGUAGUGAUAUCCAUGAUGUUUCACCAAGUGGUCACCACAACAACAUGACAGAACAUCAUGGCACUUUACGCCAGCAACCUUUCGUUUUUGACACUAGGUCUACAAGCAGUCAUUUAGCUUCACACAAAUCCGGGCUUACAAAUAGCAUGUCACACACAGAGAAUAACACACCAUAUUACACGAGUAGCUCCUUAAAUAUACCACAACAUAUUGAUAAGAGAAAAGUACUUGAUCUAUAUUUUAAUGCUUUUAGCUCAAAUGUGCCUGUGAUUGAAAGAUCCGAGUUUGAAAAUUAUUUAGCAUACAUUGAUGAAACAAAUAACACUGAAUUAGCAGAUAUUCCUAACCUUAAGGAAGUACAUGCCAUGUAUUUAGCCAUCAAGGCAAAUUGUGAACAGAGACUAGGGCUCAAGGACCUCGCAGAAGAGACAGCUCAAAAGGCCCGUACUGCCCUUUCGACAAUAUUCGACGAACAUUCGAACUUUUAUACAGCUUGCGCAUAUGCAUAUCUAGCUGUUCAUGAAACAGGAUGUGGAAAAAGCAAGACGGCUCGAUUUUACUGCAAUUGUGUGAACUUUUACUUUGAUGAACUUUCUAAGGAGGAAGAACAAAAAUUUACGCCAUAUCAACAAAAUUUGAAAAAAGUAAGAUCGAUCGUUAAUAUUUGGAGCGUGAUGGAUAAUGGAAUAGAUUAUCUAUUAAAACACCUUCCAACAUAUUUUGAGAAAAUUGCUGGAAUUAAGGUGCCGUAUGAAUGGGCCUCUUUGCUUCAGCAGGAUGUCACUGUUUACAAUUAUGCAAUGAUUAUGAAAAUUAUGGAAACUCUGAUCAAUGUACUUCUUUCAAAAGUUCUUCCUGGUGAGAAAUAUGCCAAACUGCUUCUACUUGCUCAUUUAUUUGCAUUCAAUGGAUUUAAAAUUGCUGUCUUAAGCAAAGUGAACAGAGGAAAGGAAAUUAUUGAAGAAAGUGCAUUGAAGAUUACUAUAGGAACGGAAUCUGAGAUAUUUGUCAUGUUACCACCACCAAUAAUUACACAUGUAGUCUUUGCUUCUAAAGUCCAUCUUCAUAUUGUGAAAACAAUAGAGAAUGGAGAACGAGAAAACCCUCAAAUGGGCCUCAUACCGUCCAUAGUCAAUGGAAAGCCUCCAACGAUGGGUAUGAUUGAUUAUUAUGAAAUUUUAGCCAAAGAUUUGCGAGCUUUGACCGUUUUGGCAAAACGAUACAAGAAGGUAUUUCUAUGUUACUCGGUGCUAAUACAAGAAAUGACAGAAAUAAUUGAGAGAAAGAAAAUUAUGGGUUUGUUAAACAGCUUUGAUUCAACGUCACAAGCAACAAACACGGACAUUCCUUUUUUCAACCCAAAGGUCACUGAUGAAAUGCUCACGGAUGCCGCAAAUUCUCAAAGACCACAAUCUGUGAACAACAACUCUUCCAGCUCCUCAAACACCUUACCAGAGCACCCACUUCACGAAUUUGCAGGAGAGAGUUUUAUGAGCUUGCUAGGAUCAUCUAUGGAGUUGGGAAGUAGCUUGCCAACAAGCGAAGAACGUGAUUCAAACGAUUUUGAUCCUUUUCUGAGUGAAGAGGAUAUCCAAACUAUGUUUAGUGGACCCUCAUCUUUAUUUGAAUAA